AACCGGCCAACGUGUGAAAGCAAAGGGUGGUCACACAAAAGCGCGUGGUAGUAGAUAUGGCGAUUCCAAUUCCCAAUCAAAUCGGGAAGACGAAGAAGUUCCUCUGAUAUUGGCAUACGAAUCUCUGAAUCGUGAUUCUCGGCUCCAUUCAUCUUUCCCCCACUCUCUCUCUCCGACGCUUCUCGUCGGAAACUAGGGAUUCAGUUUAUUCUCCAGAUCCGGAGAGAGACUUCCGAUUUCGCGGACGGCGUUGAUUCGAUUUUCGUGCGAUAAUGAAGCACAAGAGCCAGCAGCAGAAGAGGAAGAAGAAGAGGUCUUCCGGCGGUGGAGCGGCGGCGUCAGACGGGAACAAAAAAGACGUGGAGGAAGAAGAGAGGAAGGACGUUGGAGGAGAAUCAGAAAAAGUCGAAAAGCAAAAUAUCGAUUCGUUGAUGGAAGCCUUCUGCUCCGUUUCGGUGGAGGAAGCGACGGCUGCUUAUAGAGAAGCGGGAGGAGAUCUGAACAGAGCAGCGGACGUUUUGUCGAAUCUGGUGGAUGAUGAUCCGUCCACGAUCUCGGUCGCGAGCGGGUCCUCGGGUCAGGAGACCGGGUCUACCUCUGAGUACGGGGCUGGGUCAAGCUCGAGCUGCGGGGAGGAUUUGACGAGAGAGAGGUGGUUUAAGGGAGGGAAGCAGAAUAGAGUUAUUGCUGCCACGGGGAUGGUGUCUUCUGUGAUUGCAAAGGAUUACUUGAAGAAGAAAGAGUUUCCUUUGGCUGAAAGGUCUUAUGAGGUUUGUGGGAACGGGAAGAAAGCUGGGGAUAGAGAGAAAGCUGAACAGUUUCUGAGUUCAAUGCUUGGAGAUGAUUGUGAGCUUAGCAUGGCUGUUGUUAGAGAUGUCCUCUGUCAAUGUGGCUACGAUGUUGACAUGGCCUUGAAUGUCUUGCUUGACAUGUCUUCUUCAUCAACUGAUGAUUCUCUAAGUGGUAGAUGUUCCGGCAUAGGAUUCAGCGAUAGUCAGCCGGCCGAGUCAUCAUUUGAUAUUGAUACUUCCGAAAGUGAACCAAGUUUCUGGGGAGGCUAUAGUCAAAGGGAUUACUCGAAAGCUCUCAUGAGUUCUGCAGAUCCUUUUGCAACUAGCCAAGGAAGUUCUGCAGAUCCUUUUGCUACUAGCUACGGAAGUUCUGAUUCUGAGCCUUGUCUUCCUCAAAAGGUGUUGGAGUCUCUGUUCAACAUUCCCCGGAGUCCUAAACACGAACCAAAGGCGAUGAAUUGGAGAAAUGUCGCAAAGAAAAUGCAAUCACUUGGUAGCAUUGAUGGUUCUUCUUCUAGUGGAGAAGGGUCUCAGCCUAAUACUUUAGUGAAGGAUGAUGGAUAUCAUGAACUUAGAAAAGGUGCAAAUGACCAGUGGAAUGUGACUAAGUCCUACUAUCAAAAAGCUGCAGAAGCAUAUUCGAAAGGAGGGAGGGCUCAUGCGGCUUACCUUUCUGAGAAGGGGAGAGCAGCAUCUAAACUAGCUCAACGGGCAGAUGAGAGGGCAAGCAAAGAUAUAUUCGUUGCGAGAAACAAGGGCAUAGAGAAUGUGAUAACCAUUGAUCUGCAUGGUCAGCACGUUAAACAAGCAAUGAAGCUCUUGAAGAUGCAUCUCUUACUCGGAUCAUAUGUCCCUUCCAUCCAGACACUACGAGUGAUCACAGGAUGUGGGUCUCAUGGGUUUGGGAAGUCAAAAGUGAAACAAUCGGUGACAAACCUGCUAGAAAGGGAAGGAGUUAGGUAUUGUGAAGAGAACAAAGGGACAUUGCUGAUCAAGCUUGAGGGAUGUAGUAGAGAGUUCAGUUUCUUAGACACAGAGAGUGACUCUGAGUAAGUUAAAACUAAAAUUAAACUCAAUGUUUUAGCUUUAGAUCACAAAACUAUGUCUCUCUGUCUAUAUCCCAUGCUAGCUCUGUGUGUUAAGUAAAUGUUGACCAAAACCUCGCUUAAUCCUUCUAUUUUCAAGUUAUUUAAGAUUUAUGAGACACUUUGGCU